AAAAUGCCUGCAUUUCUUCUUGGCAAAGCUAGAGUUGUUUUAAAUCUGUGAGUAAAGGAGAUUAAAUUUCUUUAAUUUUUUUCUCUUUGUCGACCUAAAUCUCUUUUAUUUGCUUCUUUCACCAUGACCAAGCAGCAGGCUAACUGGUCUCCUUACGACAACAAUGGAGGAUCUUGCGUUGCGAUCGCUGGAGCUGAUUACUGUGUUAUCGCCGCCGAUACUCGAAUGUCAACCGGUUACAAUAUACUGACCCGAGAUUACUCCAAAAUAUGUAAACUUGCAGAUAAAUGUGUCAUGGCAUCCUCAGGAUUUCAAGCUGACGUGAGGGCUUUACAAAAGCAACUGGCAGCUAGGCACUUGAUUUAUCAGCAUCAGCACAACAAGCAAAUGAGCUGCCCUGCAAUGGCUCAAUUGCUUUCCAACACACUUUAUUACAAGCGUUUCUUUCCUUAUUAUUCUUUUAAUGUUUUGGGUGGCCUUGAUAACGAAGGAAAGGGUUGUGUCUUCACAUAUGAUGCUGUUGGUUCCUAUGAGAAGGUUGGAUACAGUUCUCAAGGAUCUGGUUCAACGCUCAUCAUGCCUUUCUUGGAUAACCAACUGAAGUCUCCCAGUCCUCUUCUAUUGCCUGCCCAGGAUGCUGUUACUCCACUUGUGGAAGCUGAAGCUAUUGAUUUGGUAAAAACUGUUUUUGCAUCUGCAUCCGAGAGAGAUAUAUACACUGGAGACAAACUCGAACUUGUUAUCAUAAAUGCAGCUGGUAUCCGCCGGGAAUACAUGGAACUUAGGAAAGAUUGAUUAAUCUCCAUUCUCCAAAAUGGGUUACCACCUCUUAUAGCUGUGUGAGUACUUGAAAUUGAUGGAAUGACUCUUACAAUGUGUCUGAUGCUUUUACUGCAACUAUUUCCUUGCAUUUGGAUACUUUAAAAUAUGCAUUGCAGUUGAAUUUUAUCUUCCGUCUGUUAGACGAAAA